UAAAUAGAACCCCUCCAUACAAAGAAUAAUUGCAUAAGGUACAACUUCUUUUGGGAUGCGAGUUCAAAGUUAAGUAUUUUCCUAUAAGCUCGGUAGGAUAUUACAAUCUUCUUGGGUUGCUUUUCAUUCCUUAUUAUUUGCAUAUCUGUGACUUAUCUUCAGUCUCGGCGACUCCACCUUUACUCUAUCAAGCAAGAGAUAGACAAUAUUGAGAGCAAGCUCUGUCUCUACAAAUACUCAACUUUAACAUCAACAAUAGCAAGAAUGGACUCAAAAAUCACAGAGCCAACUAUCCCCGAAACAUACAAUGCAUUCUUCUACGGAACUCUCGUGAGUCCUUUCCCCUCUUUGGCCCUCUUCUGAUAUCCCUCGGAAAUCCUUUCAUGGGAUCUCUUCCUGCCAUCACUGACUCUCCCUCACAUAGAUGGCUCCCGAAGUCCUUUGCCGCGUUAUCUACGGCUCUUCUAAACAUCCAUCUACAUCUCUAACUAUUACGCCCGCCCUUCUUCCAGACUACUGUCGUCAUCGCGUCCGCUUCGCUGACUACCCAGCCAUCAUUCACGAGCUCGGUCAUACAGUCCGUGGCACUUAUGUCACAGGCCUCACACCCUCCAACAUGCGAAAUCUGGAUUAUUUUGAAGGAUCACAAUAUGAGCGAAAGGUUGUCACUGUGAAGAUCUUGACUCCAAAAGAUAAAGAACAUGCACACGGUGCCAGUGCAAUCAUGGCGGAAGUGGUAGAAACGGCAGACGAGAAAGAAGCCCAAACAUAUGUGUUUACAGAUUUGAAUGAGUUGGAGAAAGGAGAAUGGGAUUUUGCAUUCUUCAAACGGGAGAAACUGAAGAAUUGGGCAGAUGAGAGUGAGGAGUAUGCUGGUUCGUGAAUAACCCUUGUUGUAAUGUAGGGAAAGACUAAAUCUAAGAAUUUAGAAGUUGACGCGAUUACUGCAAAAAGCGAUAUCGGUAUUGUUGAAUUCAUAGAUCAAGGAGAUACCACCGGCGGACGAGGUGUUAAGACGGACAUGGGAAAGGAAUUGAAAGAGUUAGCAGAUAAGAAGAGAGAAGAUGAAUGGAUUUUAGAGGAGAAAAAGAGGAUUGCGAAAGAACAGAAGUUGAAGAGUCAAUGUACUACUGAAUAAAUGACACUUUUUUGGUCGAUUUGGGAUAUCAUAGACACGGAUUAGAAGUUUUGGAAUUCGAUUUGGAACCACCUCGUUAUUUAUUAGGGUUGGUUGUGGUUCUGCAUGAAUGGGUGAACGUCUUUCCUAUUUUUGCAAUUUUGAGACUGGAGCGGA